GGCGUGACAUUCAUGCCCUUAAGUCCCACGUUUGAGAAGUACGAAGUGGAACAGGAGGUGAGGGCUGCCGGCGCUGACGUAGUCAUGACAUCCGCUCAAGACUUUCAUAAGUUUGAGUGGGUUUUGGAUGACUCGCGAAAUGACAAUAAAAAUCGCGUAAAACUUGUGGUCAUAUUUGAUGGCAAACACGAUAAGCACGUGACUUAUGAGCAGCUCCGGGAUGAGGGAAAAGGCCGGAAAUUGUCACAAAUACCACACUUCGAUGUAAACCCCGAGAAAGACAUGUUAUUUCUCAUACACACGUCUGGCACUACCGGUGCACCAAAAUGUGCCAUGAUCCCACAUCGUUGUGUAUUAAACAAAAUGAAUAUCCCCAAUAGGGGUACUGGAUUAAUAACCUCGCUGAUAUAUCCCAUGGGACACAAGAUAGGGUCUUCCAGAUUACCCGCUAUGAUAAUAUCAGGAUCAAAAUUGAUAUUGUUUGACAGUAAUAACGCUGAACAUAUAGCGCAAUCUGUUGAAAAAUAUGGCAUUCAAAAUUUGGGAAUAUUCCCGCACACUGGGAAACAAAUGGUGGAUCAAGGAUUACUGGAUAAAUACGACCUGUCCACUCUGAAAAUCAUAACCAGUGGCGGAGCUGCUUUUCCGGCUAACUGUGCGAGGGCUUUCAUCGAUAAAUUCAAAUUGUCUUUUCGAGAAGGCUACGGUAUGACCGAGUACCCUGCUCUAGCUAGAAACCGGGGUCAGGGAGAGUACAUACCGGGUAACUGUGGACGAGUCAGUGCGGGUACGGAGGUUAAGGUCGUCGACUUGACUACAGGUGAAAGUCUGGGCCCUAAUACCGACGGAGAGAUAUGCGUUCGCGGAGUCAAUCUGAUCGCCGGUUACCUCAAUAACCCGAAGGCCUGGGAGGCGGCGGUGGACGGGGAGGGCUGGUAUCGGACG